AUGGAUCCGCUCUCGGUCCUCAGCGGCAUCGCGGGUGUCGCGGCAGCGGGGGCGGCGCUCUCGUCGGCGCUGUUCGAGAUCAUCGAGUCGGCUCGCGAUGCGCCCAAAGACAUGGCGACCAUCGCGCGCAGCAUCAUGGACCUGUCGCUGGUGCUGAGCGAGAUGCGCCGAGUACUCAAGCGCGGGCGGUGGCUCUACCGCGACCGGCUGCUGCGCGGCAUCCUGUCGACCAUGCGGCGCAUCGACGGCGUGCACGACGAGAUCCACGGCCUCAUCGCCGGCGACCGCCGCAUGGCCCGCGUCCUGUGGGCCUUUCGCCGCAAGUCCAAGACGGCCGCCCUUCUCACCCAGAUCGAGAGCCUCAAGAGCACCCUCCAGCUCAUGGCCACCACCCUCACCCUGGCCAUCAAGCAGCGCCAGGCUCAACAUUCCGCCGAUGACCCUGACCGCGAGGACUCGGCCCUCGACCGCGCCGGCUUGCGCGCGGGCGCCGAGAAUCUCGUUCGCGCCGUCGGACAGUCUGUCGCGGAUCUUGACACGGCGCCCCAGCGGCAAUCGCGCAGCGCCGGCACUCAGACCGAGACCAGGUUCAGUCGCUCGCUCGACGACCUCUCCAUCCCCUCGAGAAGUGACGACUUCCUUGCCGUCCACAGAGACAGAGCCAAACUCGAUUACGUCGAGCGCCGAAGUAGACCAGAGUAUGCAGAUGAUGCAGAGUAUGAGCGGAGAAAGGUCCGCGGCCCUCCCACCGUGUACUUGGACGACCCGUGGGAGGAGCCGUUCGAGUCCGAGACCCAGCUGCAAGAACGGGGGCCUUCGCCCAAUGACACGGCCACGUGGCUGCGCACUCUCGUGUUCGGCGGUGAAGUCAGCCGCAGUCCGAGCCCUCUGCGCAUGGAGAGGUCCAGGUCAGACGACCCAAGACUUUCCCGUCAAGAACUUGCCCCGCAGCCGCGGCUCCGACACAGCUCAAACGUGUCCCUGUCCGCCCCGUCGCCCAGCGUCGUGGACAAGCUGCUCCUGAGCUGGACCAACCUCUCCGACGCCGAGAUCGAAGCCACGCAGGGGCUCGAGGACCGCCUGCUGCCGUGGACAGCCGACCCGCGAGACCACGCCAGCAAGCUGAGCGUCGCCGAAGGGAGCGCGACCUCUGCGCCCAUUGCGGUGCCAGUCGUGGUCCAGGGCUCGUCGUCCUACGCGCCGCCAGACAUUCAAUACAGCUACGUCAGGCCCCCGACCAGCUACGCCAGCACCGGCACGUCCCCUUCGGCCUCGGCGGCAAAAGUCCAAGAAACGAAGACCUUCACUCCUGCCGAUAUCAAGUACGCCGACCUCAAGUACUCAGAGGUCCCGCCCGCGGUCGCCGAGAACCCCGCCCUGGCGCGGAUUGAGCGCAUCUACACCCGCUUCGGGGAUCUGCGGCUGCGCUGCGAUCGCUUCAUCCGGAAACCGCCGGCCGACCUAGCCAGGGCGCAAAAGAAACACCGCGAGCUGUCCGAGCUGGUCCUGCAGACCGUGCUGCUGCCGAUCGACGAGAUCGACGUCAAGGGCGACCCGGACGCGAGGGCGCGGCGCAGGGCGAUUGUCCUCGACGUCCAAACUGUGCUCACCCAGUUGGAUCAUGUGCUAGACCUUGAAAGAGCAGAUGAUAUUUCUCGAUGGAAGUCUCGAUGA